AUGGUCGCCGAAGAGCUGUCGGAGGCUGGAAUGGCCGACAUUAUUCGUGCACUGGAGGUCAUCCACAGCCCAACGUCGACCAAUAACCUCCGCAAAGAGGCUCUGUCAUUCGUCGAGGCUCUCAAGGACAACGAGGCAGCAGCUCGCAAUGGCUUUCUGCUAGCUUCACGCGCAGAUCACGCUGCUGUAGUGCGAUACUUUGGUCUGACACUGCUAGACCACGUUUUGCGCCAUUUGUCUUUCACUAAUCCCGAGGAGUCCACGAGUCUUCGAUCGAUGAUCCUUCAGCUCGCCGAGAACAUUCGACCCGAGGACCCAAGCUAUUUCCGCAAUAAAAUCCCGCAGCUGUGGUCGGAGGCAGCUAAAAAGAGCUGGGGCUUGGAUUGGGUGGACAUGGACGAGGCGCUUGUGAAGUUCUGGGGUGUGUCUCUAGUACAUAAUGAGCUGGUGCUCGCAGUGCUGGAGACCUUGUCCGAAGAUGUCUUCUUCCGCGAGGAUACAGUCUCAUCGUUGCGUGGCUCCGAGCUUAAUCGUGCGCUCGUUGAGAUCUUCACGCCUACCGCGAUUGUUGAGCAGAUAAACCCCGAUAAAAACACCAAUGCUGUUCUGCGCUGUGGACAGGAGGGCUGGCUGGUGCGGAUCUGCGAAUUCUUGGAUACCUGCGUUCAAAAUGCCUCUACUUCGGUCGAAGCACGCGAUGCAGCCGUCAAGGCCCUAACGACAUUGAGAUCUGCCCUUUCUUGGUCAAUCUACAAAGCCGUCAUCGCAGGACAGGUCGUUGCUAGUGUUUUUAGGGCUUUGACCUGCCAAGAUGAUCAAGUAUUGCUGGCUGCGGUUGAGGCAUUGCAUUCGCUCUACGGGCGAAACAACAUGGGAAAUGAUGAGUCUCACGGCUUAGUCUGCCUAAUCUUUGAGAGCGAGUAUCUCAGCACUCUCCAAAAUCUGUUCCAGUGGUCAAUUGUCGGCCCCGAUGAUACCGAUGAGCCUAAGUAUCUGAUCUCCAAGAAGCUCUCAGAGAUGAUCUCCUAUGUCGCUGGUUGCCUUGAAGAUGAGAGGUUCCUCCGAGACACCAUGCACCGCUUGGAUCUCCCGCCAUUCUUCAACUUCAUGUUGAACAUCAUGCAGCACCAAAGCUUGACCGUAUCUAUCCCGUGUCUUCACCUGUGGUCAAGGCUUUUGGGUGUCCAGAAGAUUGGUACUUCAGAAUUCGUGGUGAACCAGACCCCGACAUUCCUCACGGUUUGUACCCAACGUUUGAUUCGCUGGGAGUCUCUUCCCACAGAGUCAGAGGAUCCGACAAUCCAGUUCUUAAUUGAAGAUAUUGACACUGUCCCGGAACGUCAUGCAUUCCUUGGUAAUUAUCGUCGAUACUGCUCAUCGAUUAUUGAGACCAUUACCCAGAAGCGCGCUCAAGAGGCGGUGCGCGAGAUCCUUGGGCGGGUUGAUGAGAACCUGGACAACCUGUACAGUGGAGCAGAGCCAUUCCAAAUGCAUAACUACAGUAAAUCAUCAAUCCCGCUCAUGCGCGCGGAUGCUCAAUUUGCCGUUGUCGAAGCCGUCAUCAAGGGCUUUAAUAAGUGGAUUGAAGCCCACGGGAAGGCACCUCAGGAAGAUGAGCAGGAGAGGAAACAGUUGGAGUUUGACGUGGAGAGCUGGGCUUCCAAGCUCAUGCAAAGAAACUUUGAGGAUCCGGUGAUCAAGCAGAAAGUCAUCAAAUUGGUGGUUGACAUCUCGUCUAAAGCACUGGACAACCACCCUGCAUACGCGUUGAAGGUCCUUGAGCACAUUCUCAUGACACGCCUUCCCGACCAGCCCCAGUAUCCUGUUUAUGCCGAGGCUGUCAAGGAGUUGCAUGGCCUAGCUAGUCACGAACUCCGUCGUCUCGCGAUCCGCUACGCUGAUUAUUUCUCCACAUUCUAUGAUCUGCUCGAGCCGAAGAUCAGGGAGAUUACAAUGGCCAAUCGUGUGGACGAUAAACUCCAGAUGGAGCUGACAUCCAUCCUGCUGAUCAUCAUGCAGCGCGCCAGUAACCUUGAUCCGAACCUUCGUCAUAGCCGGCUGGCCGGUUUCCUUGCCCCCAUCCAAGAGGCAUGGCAGGACGAGGAAUUCCGCCGUAUGAGCUCAUCAUUUGAAGGCUUCUGCACUAUGCUUGGAUUGGAGAACGUGGGAUCGUACAUGCAAGCCAAGCAGGCGCACAAGCUCGAGGACUGGUCUUCUGUCGCCUUGGACAAUGAGGGAAAGCUUGUGCAGGAAGAAAUGACCAGGAAGUUCCAGAUGCUACCGUUGCGUGGUACCAAAACUAUGCUGGCUGUGUCAACCGACAAGCUCAAGAGAAGCUCGCCGGCUUAUCAAGUUGCCUGUGAUAUGUGGCAAGAGCUGACUCCUCAGAUUCUUCCCACUUUGGUCCAGCUUCUCACUCAUGCCCAUGCCUUCCAUAACCCGGCCAACUGGGCCGUGAGCGAUGAUAUGCGAGCAGUGGUUGAGCGCAUUUUGACCGAUCGAUUCUGGCAAGCCGGCAUUUCCAGCGGCAGCCGCGACGACUUCUACGCUAAGAUCACUGCAUCAAAGUCGACCCUCGAGGGUUUCGCGUCCUCCGUUCGUGGCAAGAUUCGAGCAGUUCGCGAAUCAUCUUAUUCGAUGCUUUUCAGCAUGAGCCGAAUGCGCCAUCAGUUCUAUGGAUUUGCCGAGCUUCCAGGGCCGUUGUCCGAGGCUCUCUUCAAGGAUGCGGAGCACCUUUCCUCCCACCAGUUUUCGGUCCUGCUUAAUAUCUCGCGCUGCCUGAUUGAUGAUUGUCCUGUCCAAUACCGGGCACAAUUCUUGCCGCCAAUGCUUGCUACUCUGUUCCGCAGCAUCGACCGCAAGAUUACAACCGAGUGGGAGUUGAUUGAGCAGCGAAAGAGCGGAGGCGUGGAUGGGGACCUUACUGACGAAAUGAAGUCGGAAAGUGUUCUUCGUCAAUUGACAUAUGCUGCGGUAAUCAUGGUUGCCAGCCUGUUCGAUCCACAGAGAGGAGAUCCUGAUCGGACAGAGGCAGACCCUAGUGCACAGCAACCCACUCCCGAGCUCGCUGACUCAAUCCGCCACUUUGUCCUAUCCUCCCCCGAAAUCUUCGAACCUGUGAUGCUUUUCUGCACCCAUGCUCUUCGCAUGCGCGACACCCGUUGCUGCAGCAUCAUUACUCGCGUGGUUCGAUCCAUCUUGGCCGACUUCGCACCCCCGAACAAUAGUCAAACCAUCGUGACCAUCCGCGAGUUUAUCUGCACAGACGUUCUGCAGGCUUGUAUUACCUCCGUCCACGAGUCCUAUUUCGUCGAUAUGCAGAAGGACUUGGCCCAGCUCAUCGCGUCUAUCUGGGUCCUGUACGGUUUCUGCAGCGAGACGCCGCGGUCCGUCUUCCUCUCCCUGCCGGGUAUUACUCCAGAAAAGGUUGCCCAGACAGAAACUGCUCUCCAGCGAUGCACCUCCCCGCGCCAGCAGCGUGCUUUGGUUCUCGAGCUCCUCGAGCCGCUCCGAGGUGUGAGCAUUGCUGAGCAAGGCAAGAUCCUUGGCUCGCGGGAGGAGCGCCGCAAGGCGAGGACCGCGAUCCAAAGCCGGUACAUGACCAACGAGAUGGAAACGCAGCAGGAGACGCAUCGUGUUGACAUUAAUGAUGGCCCCGAUCUGUCAGGCGUUGCUGACAUGUUCGGUUAG